AUGGUUUAUUCUAAGCCAUCACAAUCAAUCAAUCCCUCCAUUUAUUCACCAGCAUUUUCAUCUUACAUGUCAUUUAACUUCUCUGAAAGGGAAAACUCAAGUGUCCCAGCUUCCUUGCCUACAACUCCUCUCUGCAGCACUGAAGGUACAGUGACCAUCCAACCAAAUGGGACCUUACAUGAAAGUGAGCUGACCUCUGGGGAGGUGGCCGUCUUGGGUUUGGUGUUUGGCAUCAUAUGGCUGGUGUCCAUUUUGGGAAAUGCCCUGGUCUGUCUGGUUAUCCACAGGAGCCGAAGGACUCAGUCGACCACCAAUUACUUUGUGGUGUCCAUGGCCUGUGCUGACCUCCUCAUGAGCCUGGGGUGUGCUCCUUUUGGCCUCCUGCAGGUGGCCUCUGGACAAUGGCCACUCAGUGCAGUUGUUUGCAAAAUUGUGCGAUAUUUGCAGCACCUAUGUCCAGGUGUUCAGGUAUAUGUCCUGCUUUCUAUUUCUGUUGACCGCUUCUAUACAAUUGUUUAUCCACUCAGCUUUAAAGUUUCCAGAGAGAAGGCCAAGAAGAUGAUCCUGGCCUCUUGGCUGUUUGGUGCAGUCUUUGUAUCCCCAUGUUUCUUUUUCUAUGGCUUCACUACAGCAAAUAGUAGCACCAGUCAUUGUAACUUUUUUCUCCCCCUUGGCUGGGCAGGGACAAUCUAUGCUGUGCUUCAUCUACUUUUAAGUUUUAUGGUUCCUGUGGCACUGAUAGUGUUCUUUUACCAAAGAGUUAUUCGCUACAUUUGGAGGAUCAGUGCUGAUGGCCACACAGUGCGUCGAACAAUGAAUAUUGUCCCACGGACUAAAGUCAAGACUAUUAAGAUGUUUUUGAUGCUCAAUUCAGUUUUCUUUCUCUCCUGGACACCCUUUUAUGUUGCCCAGAUCUGGCACCCGUUAGACUCUCACAGCUCAAACAGACAGAGGCUGUUGUUCUUUGCAGCAAUUAUCUGGAUUUCAUUCAGCUCCACUGCAGCUAAGCCUACCUUGUACUGUGUGUACAAUGCAAACUUUAGGAGAGGCAUGAGGGAAACCUUUUGCAUGUCAUCAAUGAAAUGUUAUCGCAGUAAUGCCUACACUAUCACAGCAAGUUCUCGAAUGGCUAAAAAGAACUAUGUUGGUGUAGUGGACCUUCCAGUGCAGGCUAAGACAAUGACCAAGGAGUCAGUUUAUGAAUCAUUCGAUCGAGAGGCAAAAGACAAAAAGGUUGCCUGGCCCACCAAUUCCAAUCCUUCAAAUACGUUUGUAUAAAAUUAGUUAAGUUGUUGUAACAGAAUGACAUCAAAGAUAC